CCCUCGGGAGUGAAAUCAUACAUGGUAAAAAGGCCCCGGACAACCAGAUGCUGUAUAUGGCCUCCUUGCAGAAUGAUUCAGGACCCCAACAAGUGUUGUUCUUGGUAUCCACAAUCUCAAGAAGGUAAAUAAUGGCACGAUGAGAUACAGAGUGAAGCUAUGCAAACAUCCAUCCUACAAAAACAUAAUUACUGGUGAUGACAUCAUGCUACUCAAACUGUUGAAGAAAGCUCGACUGAGCAAAAGCGUGAAACUGAUUCAACUUCCAAAAUCUAAGAUAGAAAUAAAGGACAAUGCCAAGUGCUCUGUAGCUGGAUGGGGCUCCACAGAAACUGGUGGUCCGUCUGUUGAUGUGCUCCAAGAGGUGGAUGUGUCUGUGGUUGACUAUGAGACUUGUAAGAGAACAUGGAAGGUUAAUCUUCCUGCCAAUGUUAUCUGUGCAGGUGGAUAUAAGACAGACAAAGGAUUCUGUAAGGGUGAUUCUGGCGGUCCUCUGGUGUGCGAUGGGAAGGCUGUUGGUGUUGUGUCUUUCAAUAGGAACAGGUGUGACUAUCCAAAUGUUCCCAACGUCUACACAAAUAUAUCGAAAUAUCUCCACUGGAUCAGUAAAGUCAAGAAAAAGCACGGCUGUUAAACAGAACUAUUUAGAAUCAUCUUUCUGUUUUGUAUGUCACUGACUCUUAACCCCCCCACAAACAUCUACUGAUCAAAUGUUUGGUUGUAGAGCUUGUUUUUAAAUGCACUAUUACAUAUUGGGCUUCAUUUAAAAAAUAAAUAUAUUUUUUUUUCAUUACUA